AUGGGAAACAACACUUUUAACUCUAUUAAAGAGACUGGUAGCAACGGUCUUGGGUAGAUAAGCGAUAUUGAGGACUUAAUCACCAAGAACUGCUUUGAGAAGCAGUACGUAGUAGGAAAGGGCGGCUUCGGCAAAGUGUGGAAAGUGCAAUCUAAGAAGUUCAGCAACCAAGCUUACGCACUCAAAGAGAUGCAGAAGUCUAGAAUAAUUGCCCGCAAGAGUCUUAACUCAGUCCUACUUGAAAGAACACUCUUAUCUUAACUUAAUCAUCCAUUUAUCAUAAACAUGCGCGGAGCAUUCUAGGAUCGCGAGACAUUAUAUUUGGUUAUGGACUACUGCAGUGGAGGUGAUCUACGUUAUCAUCUCCCCUACAAGUACUUCAACGAAGAGGAGACCAGAUUCAUGGUCGCUUGCAUGAUCCUCGCAACCGAGUAUGUUCACACAUAAGGUAUCAUCCACAGAGACAUUAAACCAGAAAACUUAGUAUUUGAUGAAAGGGGAUACCUCAUGCUCACAGACUUCGGUAUCAGCAGGCAAUUGCCUAUGACCUAAGUCGAUGAGAAAGGUCUAUCAGAGUCAAGUGCAUUUGAGAACAUGCUCUGCGGUGUCAUUGACACAAGUGGCACCCCAGGCUACAUGUCUCCAGAAGCCAUGUGCAAACUCCCACAUGGUCCAGUUUCAGAUUUCUUUGCCAUUGGGAUUAUUGUUUAUGAAAUGAUGUACAGAAAGAGACCCUACAGUGGUCCUAACAAACAAGCAAUCAGAGACACAAUCCUUGCCAAGCAAGUAUAAAUUAGAGCACAUGAGAUCCCUACUAACUGGUCAAUUGAGGCAGCGGACUUCUGCAACAAGCUUAUCAGAAGAAAGCCUUCCAGCAGAAUUGGUUUCAAUCACGGAAUUAGUGAACUCAAACAGCACCCAUGGUUUUCUGGCUUCGACUGGAACGCACUUCUAAACAAGAAAAUGAGAGCUCCCUGGGUUCCACCAAGAGGUGACAACUACAAGGGAAAGAAUACUGAGUUCCCUGCCACUGAGGAAAAGGACAUCGCCUUUAUCGAGGCAGAGAGACUCGUAAGAAGGGAUACUGUCUAAAAGCUUUUUGAGGGAUUUUACUCUGAUCUCCAAAUUCCUUCACAAUUUAUUGAUGAAUAAGCAGAAAAAACCGUUGUGGUGAAAAACAGAUUGUCAUUGUAAAAUGUUAAAGACACCUAAGGGCUACUCAAGAAGAGCAGAAACAUUAUCUCCCACUUUAGUAAGCUCAGCCCUAAAAAUAAUAACAACAACAAGGUCAACAAAGUAAAUAUAAUGGAAGUAAGAGACAAAAACUUCAAGAUUAUGCAACAAAUUAAUCACUAAUACCAGUGCCAGAACUCCAAUGGUUCAACUGGUAUCAGUAGCCAAAAAUCUUCAAUUUGCUCUUCUGGAAUGAAAAAUUCCGCCUUGCCAAAGAUUGGAUCUCCCAAGAUGCCACCUAAAAUCUGA